ACAUAAUGAGUUCCAGGACAGCCACAGCUAUGUAAAGAGACCCUAUUUCAAAAAAAAAUAAACAAAGCCAUCAGUGGAUACCCAUUGAAGGGUUCAUCUCACUGUAUCAUGCUCAGUAUACACAACUGACUUUGAGCUGUGGCCGUGGGUUUAUCAGCAUCCUGCAAGAGACUGACUUCGGAUACAUGGAGAACACAUAGGGUAUGUGAGUUACAUGUCUGAUGAUACAUUGUUUCCUCUUCUCUUUGUUCCAGGCUGUUGGAAGCAGAUUAAAUAUCCCUUUGCUAGGCAUCAGUCGACUGAAUUUACCAUCAGCUAUGACAAUGAGAAGGAGAUGACACAAAAGCUGGAUCUUAUCACUAGUGACAUGGCCGAUUAUCAGCAGCCUCUCAUGAUCGGCACUGGAACAGUCACGAGGAAGGGCUCCACCUUCCGGCCCAUGGACACAGACACUGAGGAGGCCAAGGUGAACGCUGAGGCCAGCGGCCACUACGACUGUCCUCACCGCCUGGGCCGCCACGAGUACGCGUUGCCCUUGACGCACGCGGAGCCGGAGUACGCCACGCCCAUCGUGGAGCGGCACCUGUUACGAGCCCACACCUUCUCCACGCAGGACGGUUACCGAGUCCCCGGGCCCAGGCCCACUCACAAACACUCCCUCUCCUCCGGAGGGUAUCCCCCUGCCGCAGGGGCCACCCGGAGCGAAGGCUACCAGAGGCCAGCCAGCCCCAAGCCUGCGGGUGGUGGUGGCUACGACAAGCCCGCGGCCGGCAGCAUCGUGGACAGCAGAGACCCCUCCCCGCAGGUGCAGGUGACUCCUGGGGUGGACGAUGGUUAUUCAGCACCCAGAAACGGCCUCGCACCCCUCCACCAGAUGGCCGUGACCGCUCUUUUGUGAACCCAAUGUGAAAGAAACCUGCUGUGGUACUGAGCGUGCUCUGCUGCGAGUCACCGGAAGGAGUGUGUGUGUGCGCACGUGUGUGACUCUUCGGGAUCCUAGACAACCUCACUCACUGUUUACAGAACUGUGCAGCUGGUUUCCUUCCCGCCCCUUCCAGCAGACCCGGCUGGCUUCUGUUGCGCUGGACUGAGGAGACUUUCCUCACUUCUCCCACUGUGAUGCUGUGCUGUAAAAUGUGCAAUUUGUACGGUCGUACUUAACGUGAAUGAAAGGAAGGGAGUUUGUGGUGGUUUUCUACCCCGGGGUUAUAAGGAGAAAACUCGGGAUUUGCAGAGACGUGGUAGUUAGUACGUGUUCAUGUUUCUCAGUGUGUUUGAUGAUCUGACACUGUUAGCAGCAGGUCUGUUUAAAAAAAAAAAAAACCCUGUCUGGUUGUGGUGGCUCAUUUCCUCUUUGAUAAACUAAAAGCAUUUUUUGACAUUCCUUCUCCUGGAAGAAAUGAAAUUACUUGAAAUAGGAAAAGCACACGGGGGGGGGGGGGGGGGGGUAGGUGAUUGUUCACUUUCAUGGCCGUAGAUUUAUGCAAGCAAGCACACCCCCUCAGCAGCUUCUGCCUGCUUCCUUCGGCUCUUCUUGAGAGUGAGGGCAGCCCAGGGUCCUGGGGCCUGUGUGGGACCCAGCUGUACCCUGAGGGACCUCAUUCUCUAAGGAAAGGGCCUGGUCUUACUGCACAGUGUUCCUAAGCAAAUCGGCCUUUCCAGGGUGCUGAGACUCAACUUGUAAUGAAGGUAGCUGAAACCGCUGUGGCUCGGGGGACUGUCAGGUAUUUCUAGACCCCAGAUUUGAAAUGUAGCUGAGCUCAGAAGGCCUGCUUCUCACAACUUUCUCCAGAAAUAGUGCACGUCGGCGACUUCCAUUAUCCCUGGAAAACAAAUGUUAUUUGAAAUGUGUUCUCCCUCGUGUCUAAGUAGAGAUUUCCAGUGGCGGGCUGGCAGUUGAACUGGUGGUGUAACAAAGCUGUUUUCUCCUAAAUAUGUGAUUAUACUCAUAGAGUUGCACAGGUCUCGGCUGUACCUCAUGUUCAGUGGUGUUCUCCCUGAGUUGGCUUUGUGAAUUAACGGGGGGAUUUAACCUCUUUGGCCAAAGAGGAGUAAGUAUGUGUCUUGUUUGUUAAUAGAAAAUAUGGCUCUCCCCCCCC